AAACAACCCGCCCAGUCAGUCCCUCACGGUAAACCGGCUCGUUCGGUUCUUUCGCGUCGUUCGUUCUCGCCGCGCGCGCGCGCGCGUCCCUCUCUCUCCCUCUUCGCCUCUGGCCUAGCCUCGUCACGGAGCGCUUCUGAUCCUCGCGCCUCGGAUUCCGAAGCCAACAACGGCCGGCGCGCGCCGCGCUCUCGGCAGUAGUAGUAGUAGUGAUCUUCUUCGAGUGGCGGCGAGAGAUCGUGCGAGCGGCCGUGCGCGUACGGCGAUUCAGUGCGAUCGAUAAGUUGGUUUGACAAGCGCACGAGACCGGGCCCGCCGCGCCGCCGUGAGCCGCCAUACAGCUGCCGUCUCUCUCCUGCGCUCGCCGCAUUUUCGUCUCUCGGAUUCUCUCCCGGUGCCCCUGCCUUGUGUGGAUAUUACUCGACGCAGGAUAACAUAUCUCGCAAGAACAAGACAUAGGAUGGGCCGAGCCGCGCAAGGAGGUGUCGUCCAACACUGAAAAGGAGGAGCGUCUCGAAAAACAGCGGGAGAAGCAGGAAAGCGCGAAGGAUGCCCGCUUCGCAAGCCGCCGCAACCGAGCGGCGAAGCGACAGGAUGCAGCUGACGCACGAACCGCCAAAAUUGAAAACCACCUUGAAAACACCCCCUAAGCAAGCGACCAAUCCUUUGCAAUUCGUCAAAGUCGGGCCAUGUUCGCUGUACCGGACCGCUCAGGAGCAGCUUCAGAAGGUUCAGGAGGUGAAGAAAAUCAAACAGGAGGUCCGCGAUGAUCCCGAAGAUUGGCAGUCGAAUUUAGACAACUGGAAGAGCAGCCGGAGGAAGCGGCAGGAGCACAUAAUCGAGCGAGUGGUGGAGGUGAAGAAACUCGAGCUGGAGGAACACGACCGCCAACGUCGUCGGAACAAGACCUUCUCGGAGAUGAUGGAGGAGCGCGGCAACAGAGGUCGCAAACUCAGCAUCAGUUUAGCCAUGUAUAACGACGAGGAUGCGAACGAUCUCAGCGACCUUGGAAUCGGCACCAGCAGCGGCAAGAGCUCAGUCAGCGGCGACACGCACGACGACACCCACAGCGUUCUGAGCGACAGGGACAGCGAGAUGGAAAAGAGCCACUCGGACGUGGACAACGUUACCGACGCGGCCUCAUCUACGAUGGCCAGCAGCGCAUCGCUGACGGCGACGGCGACGACAGUCGCGAGCACGUCAGCUGCGGCAACGACGAGUGCGCUGGCGGCGACGUCGUCGGCAGCGGCCGCGACAACGACGAACGAAAUAACGACGAUGAUGGCAACGACAACGACAACGACGGCAGCGGCAGCGGCAGCGGCGGCGGCGGCGGCGGCGGCGACGGUGGCGGUGUCAACAACGGCAACGGCGAUGCUGACGGUAAUCGCGCCGGCAACGACAGCCGCGACGUCCACGGCGGCGAUGUCCAGCGUGACGAGGAAAGCGUUCGCCGGUAGUUUCCACCAUCACAACCAAGAGUACGACUCCGCGACCACCGCGACUACAAGCUCGCCCGAGCCGGAAGAGUACACGUACGAGGGCGCCAUUCGCGGUUACGUGUCACGGGUGUCGCAAAAUAUCCCGAGGAGGUCCCUGAGCGGCAUCGACUCGAAGCUCGAGGCCGCUUCGAAGUCGUCGGUGAACGGCCCGAAGACGACGAGCCUGAACGACGACAGCAAGUCCCCGCUGUCGGUGGUAAAGGUGGACAUACUGAAGAGGCGCGAGGUGUUCGAGAAGGCGUCGCAGAAGAGCAACGACAGCAAGGCGAACAACAGGCUGUCCGGCGACUUCACCGGCACCAAGUCGAUCAAGGAACGGCUGUCGAGCCUCGAGAAGCAGAAGCAGAACGAGGCGGAGAACGGCGACAAAGGCAGCGGUAAGUCGACGCUCAACCGACUAUCCGGCGACAUGAGCUCGAUCCGGGAGAGGCUCACCCACCUGGAGAAGCAAGCUUCGGAGCGAGAGAGCAAGAGCUCCGUUCACCGCAAGCUCAGCACGGAGGAUUUGGAGACGGUGAGGCCUCUGAGGGAAAGGCUGUCCACCCUGGAGAAGUACAGCAGCAGCGACGAGUCGUCGGUGCCGACCACAACGAACGACAGCCGGCAUAACGGCGAGCUCACCGCCAGGACGAUCAAGGAUCGCCUCAGCGCUCUGGACGCCGCCCGGAGCAAGGACUCGACGGAGAAACGGCAAGCCGCCAGCAACAAGCACGCCGCGCUCUGCUUCCGAGACCAGGAGAACAGGAUCGACACGUCGACUCCCAGCGAGAGGAGCUCGUCGCCGGACUCGGAGUACCGCGUGCCUCGCGCCAUCUUCCACAGGAGCUUAGACUCCCUGGACGCUGACGCGUCCAGCGGACCCGACACCUUCGAGCGCGUGCAGAGCCUCGAGGAACUCGACUACAGCCGGCGGUAUCCCGCCUCGUCGUCGUCCGCCGAGCUCCUCAACGACACAGACCGCGAGGACUCGGGCAUCCACACCGCGGACGUCAGCUGCUCGGUCAGCCAGGCGGACGAGCCGAUCGACGAGGAGAUCGUGCACACCAGCAGCAUCGUCGAGCGACGGGAGACCGCGAGCGAAGACAGAGUCAAACCCGCGGCUGUCCAGGAGAACGCGUCAGCGCCAGCGAGCGGCGCCACGACGCUCGAGGCGUCGAGCGACAGCACGACAACGACUCACCAGUUCGCCAGUCAUCGGGAGGCAGUAGCGGUGAACAAGGGUACCGCUGACACCUCUGGGGAACUAUCGACUAACAAAUCACAGCCGCAGACGCACGUAGAGACCACUACUAAUUCUAAUACACUUCGUUCGCAUACCUCCGUGCCUCGCGCGACUGCCCACCUGAGUCCCAAAGUACCUCAGCGAGAAAGCGCCGCCCCCGACGAUCUCGCGAAAGCGCGCGCCUUCGGCAAGGACGCGGCCGAGCUCAAAGCAGAGUCGGACCCGAGCCCCAGCGAGUCCGUAGUGUCGGCCAGCCUGAAGCUCUCGAUCGAGCAGGCGCGAUCAAAGUUCGUCGGCCCGGCGAAGCGACAGAAUCCGCCCAAGGAGCAGUUCCAGCCACCUUCGGACCUUGGCAUCGCGGAGACUUACCAGUUGUCCUUCCCCGCCGUGAGAGCGACGAUCGGGCCCAGCCCGGAGUCCCCGGCCUCCAAGCCCGCGCCCUCCCGCGCGGCGUCCAAGAUCCCUACCCCGCUGUCUCGGAAGGGCGCCAAGUCUUCGCCGACGAGCUCCGACUCCGCUUUGACCUCGUCGCCCGGCCCGUCCGCCGGCGGCCUCAAAGCCUCGCCGGCGAAGUCGCAUCCGGCGAGCAGCAAACCAGCCUCGACGACGAGUCAGGCUGCCUGCUCGCUGCCGAGCUACGUCGAGUCCCCGCAGACGGAAGCGCUCGCCACGUCGGCAUCGAGAAUCCCGUCAGCGAGCGCGCGAUGCCAUGAGGAACCGACGCUGCCGGUCGCCGCGACGGAACGACGUCGGACCGUGGUGGAGGUGUGCGAGAAGGUGGUGGUACCUCAGGGCAAGGCACCGACGACGCCGCCGGUGACGCCGUUCAUCACGGUGAACCGCGUCAACGAGAAGCAGACGAGCGAGGAACGGAUCGUUAUCGAGAAAGCGGACCAGGAGGAGGCAGCUGCGAUCCGCCCGGCGGCCCCGGCAGUCGAGCACGAGCAGCACGAGCAGCGCGAGAAAACGGAAACGCCGAUGAGCCUCGGCUUGCCCGCCGCCAGCACGAGGAAGUGCGUCGCCGACAUCGACGUGCACGAUGCGCCCGCAGUUGUCACAUCGACGGCCAGUCGGCUGCCGGAGAGACCGACGAGCUUGAGCCUGGCCAAACAGGAAGUCAACUUGGCCAACGCGCUGAGCAUCCCGAGCCCGGCCUCGCCGAUUUCCAAACAGAUCCUGCCGCUCACCUUGUCUAACGACGAGGAGAUCAUCGCUGGCCAACCCUUCCUGCUGAGUCCGCUGACGAGCGUGGAGCCGCCCAAGGAGAAACCACCGCCGCCACCGGUGGACGUCAGCGACGAUGAGAAUCCUCCCCCGGAGCCGCUCAAGAGAUUGAACUCUACUCGUAGGAUCAAGAAAGAGCUGCGCACGAGGCGCUCGGAUUUUCUCGGCAUCGAGGGGCAGGUCAACGAUGAUGAUCUCGAGCCUGUAUUGACGCUGACCAAACCACCGGACAUGGCGGCUAUCCUUGCCGAGGAGAGACGCAUUGAGCAACUUCAUCGUCGUUCCUUCGACACGGACAGUAACUAUGAGCAAGAUUCGAGUCAUGAGAGAGACUCCGGGGUCGAGUUGGGUCACGUCGAGGAUUGGACGAAGCAGCCCGUCAGUCCUGACAUGUCGCAGCACAGCAGACAGAGCAGCGAGCCCUUCGGCGCCAGCGUGACCUCCUCCGAGGAGGACGAGAUCACCAAAAAGGAGCGGGAGAUCAUCGAGGUCCUCGAGAAGGAGGAGCAAUGGCGCUACGGGGAUAAUCGCGAGUUCAACAGUGACUUGGGCGAAAAACUGGCCCACAAGCUGCGCGAGCUCGAGGAGGAGAAGAUGCAGCUGGAGAGGGAGCGCGCGCAGGAGGUGAUCCUACGCUGCAACGAGGACGCGUUUCGCAAGCAGCGGGACGACAACGCGCGCAAGCAGCAGGAAGAGGCCCCGCACGAGCAGCAGCAGCAGCAGCAGCAGCAACAGCACGAUGAGACGGCGAAACAGCGGGAGGCCCAAGCGGCGGCGCGUACGACCGAGGAGGAAGCCAAGUACGUCGGGGACCAGCGGAGAGACGAGCAGCUCGAGAUGCAGUCGGAGCAGCUGAGGAUGCAGAACGAGAUCGAGGAGAAGGAGCGGAAAGUCGCCGAUGCGUGUCGCAAGGAGGAGAUGCGCAUCCGGACGAUGGAGAGUCAGAUUCGCGAGCAAGAGAACAAGGCACUGGUCGGUGAUGGGUUGAGCGGCAACGAAGAUGAGUUCCCUUCCGGGGAGGUGCUACGGGUGGAGAGGGAGCUGCUGCAGCUGGAGCAGGAGGAGCUGAAGAGGCAACGCAGUAAUUUAGCUUACCGCGAGCAGAAGCAGCUCCGGUUGGCGGAGCAGCUGCAGGAACAGUGGAAGUCCUUGCAGGACGUUGCGCAGAGCUCCAUGAAGAGCACGCAACAGUACAAGUACCACGUGCCCACGGUGAAUUAUGGCUCGUCGAUGCCGAACCUACAGUUUCAGGACACGCCAAGAAGAAGACCACCACCGCCGCCAAUCCCGCUUACUAAACCACGUAUGCUAGAUCAAAGACAAAGAGACGUCACUAUCAGAAACAGCCGUAUACCAUCGGCGGACUCGAUUCCUCAGCAAGUAGACGCGUCGAUUCGGGAGAGCGCAUCGGCAACGACGCUCGCGAGUCACGCCGGCCAGCAAAUGUCCAGACAGACUUUACAGGCAUUGAGCGCAGCACCGCGGCCGCGAAUCGUCCAAGGCGAUCAGUGGGUGCAGCGGAGAAAAAGCGACGUGCCGAGGGGCGCUCACGACUUCAACUACCAGCACUGGCUCAUUCAGGAGGCGGAACACAGGAGGAUUAAUGAGAGAAAUCAACGGUCACCGGCGCGGAAAUCCCAGCCGCACGUAACUGGUACCUCCGUGCCGUACAACGCUCCGGCUCGGCCAGAUACCAAGCCGCUACCCGAUUCUAUCAUACAAACGCUGACACAAAGGGUGCAAAACAAGACGCAGGAGAAGCCGCCCUCGACGAGGAGAAGAUCGGAGCACAGCCAGGAGCAUCUCUCGGCCAUGCAGCAUCAAUCGUCGCAGUAUGCGUUACCGCCGCAAAAAACGCAACAUGCGCCAGUCGCAAGUAAUAACGGCGGAAACCAGGAGAAAAUGCUGAGCGUGAGUGGGAAGAAAAAAUGUUCGCACUGUGGAGAGGAAUUAGGUCGAGGUGCCGCGAUGAUAAUCGAAAGUCUACGGCUGUUCUACCAUAUGGAGUGCUUCAAGUGCUGCGUGUGCCACGUGCGUCUCGGCGAUGGAUUGAUGGGAACGGACGUGCGCGUCCGAAAUCAUAAACUUCAUUGCCAUAACUGCUACUCCAGUGACGACGGUACACACAUUUUAACUCUACCUUAGACCGUUAAAUAUGUCCAUACGAGAAAAAAAAAGAAAGAAAGAAAAGAAAACAUGCAAAAACGAGCGUGUAUCGAUUCCGAGAGCGUCCAAGUAGAAUGCACACCGCCCUCUGAAAUUGAAAACACCGAUAAGUGGCGAAUUCACGUCGCGGGCAAUUGCGGAUUGCACACGGCACUUGUCGGCACUUAAAAAAGAAAGUUCCAUUGCAAACGUAAUGGGCGAUCAUUAGCGUCUCUCAUUGUGAAAGCGCGAAUGUGCAAAAAGCGUCUCGGAAGGAUAUCCUCACUUCAUAAUUCACAUCGCUGUUAAAUUUUCAGGUGUCAAGUUCAGUUGUGUGUAGAGAAGCCUGGUGGUAAACGGAAUUGCGCUGAUUAAUUUGAUCGUAACUUUCGGCUAUAUCUUAGCGAACCGUUCAGUCCAAAAGUCUCUAAAAGUAUAUAAAACUCGACACACCUACACGCACACACACAACAUUCACUCACAUACACACAGGAGAGACUCUGUGUAAAAUGUAUCUGUCGACAGGUGAGACGGAGGAAGAGGAAUCAUGCGACAUCAUUGUGUCCGCUGAUUAGUUAUAUUAUCCCCCGCGUCUUUAUAUCGAGAUAACAAAUCAUACAUUGUACGCAGCCAACCUUACCAACUAACACGAAUCGCACGCGAGAGAUGUAAAUAAGAUGUAUUUAUGUAAUUAGUGUAGACGUAAGAGAGAAAGAGAGAGAGAGAGAAAGAGAGAGAACAUGCAGAGCCGUUGGAAGAAUUCAAUGCGGAUGGAUACCGGUGGCGUCGACUCAGCGACGCUGUAUAUUUUUGUAAUAUAGUUUCUCGUACUAUUUAUACAAGUAUAUCCCCGAUUUACACCGGUCAAGCGACGAGAUGCGACGCGUGGCUGGUUCUCUUUUCUCUAUUUGCCGCCAGCUUCAAAUUACCCUCUUUCGUCUUCUCAAGAAGCCUCGAGUCGUCGAAUCUUCAUGCGCCGGAAGCGAGUGAUCACGCGAAGUCAAAUGUCCGCCGAGACGAGUCGAAUUCGGAGCAAUUCUGUCUUUACGCAGCGGUCAACUGUUACGAAAUCAAAACGCGUCUCGUUGUACAGAUACUUCCGCCCGCGGUCGUCAUCCUCGACUCGAUGAAAUCGUUGUCGCGCGUUUCAACAUGGGCUAAGACAUGGUCUCCUCCCAACCGCUUCCCAAUCGUAACCCAUAAUCGCGUUGGGCACGCGUUACGUUGUGAAAUAUUGUAACAUAUUCAUCUCGUGUUAUUAACGUAUGUAAUUUUAUAUUAUUGAAGAGAAUAAAAGAUGAAGCAAAUAUAAAAACACA